GGAACCGGGCCGGUGUCCUUACAGGUCAUUCGGAGGAAGCAUCGUACACGUGUCCCAGGCCUCUCUGUAGUCACGCGCCCACGCGCGUGUCACGAGAUCGCGAGGGGGGGGAGGAGGGGAAAAUCUGGAGAGGAUUCGAACGGGCUGCUGCCUGCUGCCGCCGCCGCCGCCGCCGCCACCACCCGCGAGCCGCGUAUGAGGUCUGGUCCUGUUGGCAGAGCGGCUGACCCCUUGGCGAUAAAUAACCAGGGCCGCAAACAAUGUCAACUUCCUGUGAUGAGUCUGUGGCAUCUGUUGAAGAAGUAACUGACAGCUUCUGGGAGGUGGGGAAUUAUAAGCGGACAGUGAAGCGGAUUGAUGAUGGAUAUCGGCUUUGCAAUGAUCUGAUGAACUGUGUCCAUGAACGGGCCAAGAUUGAGAAGGCGUAUGCUCAGCAGCUGGUUGAUUGGGCCAAGAGGUGGAGGCAACUGAUAGAAAAAGGUCCCCAGUAUGGCAGUUUGGAAAAAGCAUGGAUGGCUAUAAUGACAGAGGCAGACAAAGUCAGUGAGCUACACCAAGAAGUUAAGAAUAGCCUACUGAAUGAUGAUUUUGAAAAGGUGAAGAACUGGCAGAAGGAUGCUUUCCACAAACAGAUCAUAGGAGGCUUCAAGGAGGUCAAGGAAGCAGAAGAUGGUUUUCGGAAAGCACAGAAACCCUGGGCCAAGAAGAUGAAGGAGCUGGAAACAGCCAAGAAAGUAUAUCACUUGGCAUGCAAAGAGGAAAAACUCGCUAUGACCCGGGAAGCUAAUAGCAAAGCUGAGCAAUCUAUUACUCCAGACCAGCAGAAGAAGCUUCAAGACAAAGUGGAAAAAUGCAAGCAAGAUGUACAAAAGGCUCUGGAGAAAUAUGAGAAGAUUGUGGAGGAGGUGAAUAAGGGCACUCCACAGUACAUGGAGAGCAUGGAGCAGGUCUUUGACCAAUGCCAGCAGUUUGAAGAGAAGAGGCUUAAUUUCCUGAAAGAGGUGCUGUUAGAUAUCAAGCGACACCUGAACCUGGCAGAGAACAGCAGCUAUUCUAAAGUCUACCGUGAGCUGGAGCAGACCAUUCGUAUGGCCGAUGCACAAGAAGACCUUCGGUGGUUCCGCAACACCUGUGGCCCCGGGAUGCCUAUGAACUGGCCUCAAUUAGAAGAAUGGAAUCCAGAUGCAACACAAACAAUAAACCGAAGAGAGAAACCAAAAAAGAAUGAGGGAGGUAACACACCCAAUGCCAGUGGAGGUGGGGAAGCAACAGCACAGGGAGGAGAUCGUGGCAGUGUCAGCAGUUAUGAACGUGGCCAAGCCUACACCACAGAGUGGUCAGAUGAUGAGGGUGGCAACACUUACAGCUCCAAUGAAGCCAAUGGCGGUGCCAAUUCCUUUGAAGAAGAAACAACUGGGAAAAGUGUCCGUGUACGAGCUCUGUAUGAUUAUGAUGGACAAGAGCAGGAUGAGCUGAGUUUCAAAGCAGGUGAUGAAUUAACCAAAUUAGGUGAAGAAGACGAACAAGGGUGGUGCAAAGGACGUCUGGACAACGGGCAACUUGGUCUUUAUCCAGCUAACUACGUGGAGUUUAUCUAAUUCUGUCAAGUUCUCCUUGUGCUGCCAGAAUUCAACCCUCUCCAGUUCACCAUCUGUCUAUACCAGCCAAGUAGCCAUCUUGCUCUACAGUCAUUCACUCAGCACAGUUAGAGUUCCAGACAUAUUUUCCAAUCAAUCUUUUAUUUUUUUAAUUACAUCUCUAAAAAGUAUUUUGUGGUAGCUUUACUAUUUUAGUUUCUUAAAGAAAUGAGAUAUGAAAAGUCAACACUGUCACUGGAGGGCUUGUCUUGUAAGUGAAAGCCAAUACUUCAAGGCUUUAAAGCAGGGGUGUCAAACUCGCGGCCCACAGGCUGGAUGUGUCACAUGCUGGUCCUGCCCCUGCCCAGUUUAGCAAAGGGGGUGGAAAGUCCUGAUACAUCACGUGACGCCGUUGUGACGCCACAAGUUUGACACCCCUGCUUUAAAGCCUAAUCAAUAAGGCUUCUGAUUGGUUGGAUUUUAAUUAUAAAAUGUAGCUAAGAAACAUUCCAAAUGGCUUAUUCUGUCUAACAUUUAAGCUCUGGGGAAAAUACAAUUCACUCUCAUUGAAAAAACCGAAACAAACAAAAAUAAGGAGACAGAAAAUAUAGUUUCUUGUUUCUUAUUUUUUCUCACCCCUCGAUAGUAUAUUUCUUACCUAUUUCUAUUCUAAGAACAAAAGACAAGAUAUAUUUGUUCUUUCCAAGAAGUCCUGAUCAGCAUCUUUUGCUGUAAUAGUCUACAUUGAUCAUCCAGCAAUCAUCCAAAACAACUGCAGUAACUGAAAGAUAUGGCAUGUCUGGUAUGUUAUGAAUUAAAAGAUUUGUUCCAUACCAAUUUCCUCAAUGCCACUAAAAUAUGUGGCUUGUUCUUCUGAGUUUAGACGGGGUUGUUGAACCUGAGGAACACCCAGUAAAACUCAAGAGAACUGGCUUCUUUCUCUCACCUUCUUUUGAGGAAUUGAACUGCAUAUCUAGGGACAUGAGUGGAUGUAUCUCUUUUGAAAUGCAAAGAUUAAUCAGAAAAUUCUGUUAUUUCCAGCCUGAGAACAGGACUUAAAAGGAGAUGCAAAAUUAUGAAAACUAAUUGCCAUUUAUACACUUAAACAAAUAUUGCACCAGGAAAAGAAAUGCACUGAUUGUGAAUUGGUAUUUUUUUUAAAAAAAAAACUGUUGAAGGAAACACCUAUAUGUUUUUGAGCAGUGGAAAAUGAGUCUAAUUAGGCACCUUUUUAAUUUAAACACAAAGAGGCUUUAUUAGAGAAAUAUGCAAGUGAUAUCAAGGUAACAUCCUAUCAAAUGAGAAUCAAGAGAACAGAUGUGCGCGAGGACAAAAGCAGGCAAAAAGCAAUUUGAGAUUAGCAGUUUCGCAAACUAAGAGUUGAAGGAAUAAACAGAGAGCACACAGAAAAUUCCUACCUAUUUUAUUGCCCCUUGCAAUUGUAGGUCAUGAGAUUUACAGAGCCAGUGCAGUUGAAGUCACUGUUCCAACACCCUUUUCACCAACUCAUUCACCAAGCCACAACUUCCAUCUACCUGUAUCAAUCUUUGGGCAAGGCUUUGUAGGUCAUCUGCCACAUCUCUUUUAAUGGGCAGUAUUUCAAUUAGUCCCUUUUACUGUGUAUCUUGUAUAUAUUAUACUCUAUGUUUAUGUGCUUCAUUCUAAUGCAGUCUUCCCCAUUAGGAAGAACUGACAGUACCUAUAGUUGUUAUUAUUGUCUUUGACUCAUAAUCUAAAGUCCUUUAAUAGUUCAGUCUCUUGGCAUGAUUGUGCUUCUGAUACAUAUCUGCUUCUGGGGACAACAGAAUAACAACUGCCCAUCACAUUUGAAGAACAGCUGCCCAUUUAAGGAUUUACAACCUGUUUUAUGUUCUGCCAAGUCUUCCUUUCCUGGUCCCUCAAAACCAGAUGACUGCUCAACAUAGAUGUCUUCCUUGAUUUCUCCAUGCAGAAGUGCAAACUUUACAUCAAGGUGAUGCAUCUGCAUAUUCCCAGCUGUUGCUAUACUGAGCAGUGUUUAUAUUGCAGUGUUAUAGCAAAAGUCUUAUCAUAGUCUUCAUCUGUUAGUCUUUUGAAAUGACCAAAGUCAAGAAACAGAAGCAGCUGAGAUUUGUUUAUUGCAGUAAAGUAAAAUAGCAGUAUCUUGCAAUCCUGUCAAAAUCUCUCUCCACCAUAUUUUAUGCCAGACAAAAUCAAGAUGAGGUUAUUUUGAGUUAUUUUCUCAGAAUUGAGUAAACCUUUCUCCCCCUGCAGCAGUUCCCUGCUCUCUUCCCAACAGCAGAUCUACAUUUUUUUCACACCAUAUUUUUAAAUAUAUCCCUUUGCCUUCUGGCUUUAUAGCACUGGGCAUCCACUUCUGCAUUGCAUUGGAUCUUGAAAACCCAUUUUCAUCCCAUUAUUUUCUUUCCUUGCAGAUCAUUCAAUGAGUUCCCAAGUAUUCUUUUGAAAUAUUUUCAUUUCCUUUUUUUGCAGGGUUUUUUCAUUGUUUAGAUUUGUUAGCAAACACUUACUCAAUGUCUUUACAAGAACAAGACUCUUAUAUCUGUUCCUUUUUGGUUAUGUAGGAAAAUCUUCAGGGUGGAACUUUUUUGCUGGAUCUCUCUGAACAUCGCAGCUGCAAAGAUUCAGUUUAUGUUUCUGGAUCUGAUGUGCCAUUGAAUAAUUAGCACAUGGUGAAGACUUCCAUUGAAACAAAUGGAUUAAGGUUGAUUAUCCUACUGUAAGGAGUAUUCUUCAAGGUGUAUUCUGAAAAAUAAAAUAAGUCAUGCUGUAUGUUUGUGUGGAGAGAUCCAGGAUUCUCUAUCCCUGCAGUAUUGCUAGUAUCCAAGCAACAUGCCUUCACCAUAUCUAUUACCGAGUUUGGCCCUUUUUAUUUUUGAUUCAUUGGUUUAGACUUUAAAAACCAAAUACUCUAAUAUUAUAAUAGGCUGGCAAAUAUACCCUAGUUUGGGCUUCUUUCCAUGCUACAGUUCAUGGGGCAUAUCUAUGGCCUUAUUAGUAAUGUGUUUUUGAGAGGAGGCAGUGGUAACUUCUUCCACUGCUUCCUGUCAAGACACACUCUGAUAGAGAGAUAUUCUUUGAAGAUGGGCUCCAGCACAAGUCUGAAAGCUCUGAAGACAAAAUCCUUGGUCCCAGUGACUGACCCAGAUUGGAACAUUAUCCUGGGACACAUUAUCUUUCAUUCGUAACUUCUUCCAUGCAGAAAUUAUUUGCCAGUCCGGGAUCUUGCAGUAUGAACUUCAUUUCUCUUAGAGAGAAGUUUCCUCUUAGCCAUGCCAUGUGUUCUGGCAUAUAAAACAUAAUAAUCUCAUGUAAUUCCUUGUUUCUUCAAGUACUUUUUUAUGUUACCCACCAUGUAUUCACUCACAUUAUCUGUGUGUAGAACAAACAGCUUUUUGUCAAAUUCGUUGCUUUCUAAAGAGACAUAAACGUACCUUAAAUUCUUUUCAUAAACUGAGCAAGUAGCUAGUUAUAAAGCUAAAGUAAAUUGUUUAUAAACAUGAAUAGGUAUUUGUUUCUGCCUAUUAUCAUUACUUUAUUGACCUACAAAUAUUGUCUGGGCCAGUUCCAGCAACUGCCUCAUCAAUUUUACUUUCAGGGACAUUUCAACUGAGCUACAUGUGGUUGCAUUUUCAAUCCUUUUGCUAAAUACUGAAAUUUCUGAAAAGCAUCUGGAUUCUUAUAUCUCUUUCUUCUGUGCCAUAGGUUUAAACACUGCAUCAUUUGGCUGCUUUUGCCUAUUUAUUUCAAACAAUGCAUUUUCUGGGAGGGUGCCUUUCAUCAUUCUCCAUUUUGAGACACACACACAUGCACAAAAGUUGCCUUUAAAUUUUACUUCACACUGUUCCUGUGUCAUAGACUUUAAUGAGAGCAGACUGGACUCCAAAACCAGUUGUACAGAAAAGCAUGCAAAUCUUAUAAUUAACUAAAUAAAUAAAUGCAGGCCAUACAACACACUUUGAAUUGUAACACUAGUUUAUUUUCCUUUACUUCUUACACUCAGAGUCUUGCAGGUGAUAAAUUAUAGUUAAAAUUUGCCCUGUCUGUCCUCUCAUCAGCCAUGACUCUCACACAGACUAUAGUCUCCCACUUCCUGGAAGAAAGAUUAAGAUCAGAAUAAUUGACAUUUCCAGCUUGCUACACAUUUUUUGCCUCUAAACUUGUCUGGUCAUUUCUGACAUCUCAUCCACAUGCAUAUUUAUAGCUCACCCUUCUCUGAGCUGCUUAUUGCAGAGUCUUGCAAAAAGAUCUUCAUUUGAAAUUACAGAUCUUUUAUCAUUUAUGAAUAAAACUCAAUAUUUGAAUCAGUUUUCUAGCUAAAUCUUGUAGAUAAACAACAGUAGGAUCACUCAUUGACAACUGAAUCAUUUCAGCUGCUCUGCCAUUUUACAGCUUCCUGCAGUCUUUGAUUGUACUCUGCAUUCAUGGGUUAGGAUCCAGGAUAAAGGCAGUCACUUGCUACUAGAGAAGUAUUUUCAUCAGGUUUUUUCAUAGCUUGAAACAUCCGUAUCCUUACUCUGGAAGUCAUCUGCUUUUCUUUCUAGUCUUUGUUAUGGGUGCUCACAAUGACUCACACUUCUAUGACUUUCAUUAUAUUUUUUGCUCACUGCUCUGGGCCCAUAACCCUGAUAGACAGAAGUGAUUUGUUUAAUCCUGGAGAAUGGGGUGAAUAAGUCUAGAGAAGCAGCUACUUUUAGUCAAGAAUCAAAAGAAUUGUGUAAAAUAAAGGCAGGAAGGAAGGAACCUGAGAUAAGCAACCUCACAGGUAAAGAAUAGAGUUAAGAGGAUAAACUGGGAAGGGGGGGGGGGGAAAUCCCUAAUUAUCUACUAGGCAGGUUGUAACAUAGUGAGAAUCAGUGCAACUGAAAUUGGCUAAGCAUAUGAUAUAGUACAGUGGAGAAAGAAGCAGUGCUGAGUGCCCUAAACUGAGAUGGGAGAAUGUAUAUCUUACAUCAUCUGGAGCAGGAGAACCCCUGUCUUAUAUAAGGCAUGAUAGAAGAAGAGUAUAGCUGAUAAUGAGGUAUGAAAGCAUUGAAGAUAUUCAUAAGCUGGCAUGGGCUACUAAUAGCAGUAUUAGUAUCAGACAAAGGUGCCUGAAAAGUAAUGGGAAGAAGCCAGUUAGAUUUUGGUGCACAUAUGCUAUAAGCUAAAAAUGUACAUAACUUUUGAACAAAGUUCUAGAACAAGGAAUGCUACCCCAAAACUAAGAAAUAGCAGAAAAGUGUAGAAUUUAGUAAAAAAAUGUUUUUAAAAUGAGGUUCUACAUCCCCAUUCCCAGCAAUAUUGGCAAGCUCGCUUGGAAGAAUUUUCCAAUGGGGUCUUAAACAAUAUCCUAUUUUAAAAAUAUAAUUUAGAAUGUUACCUAGCAUCACUCAGUAAUUCAGAAAAUAUGCUUGAGAAUAGCAGAUACCUGCUAAAUUAUCCUAUUCCUAAAUUUUAGAUUGUAGAGAUAUCAGUGCAUAGCUAUCGAUUAUAUAAUUAAAUGCAAAAACUCAGCCGUAAACAAUCUGUGAUAAAGGUGGAAGUGCUUAAAUUUCUCUAAAUUCAAAAUUAUUCCUUAUAUGAAGAGAGAGAAAGAGAGACUGAGACUGAGACAGACUGAGACUGAGACUUCCUUUCCAAUACCUCAAAUUUCAAUCACAGGACAAUCUAUAACUGUACAGUAAAGAGUAAAUAAAAUUUGUAUAGAACACAAAGCAAACUUCAUCCUUCUGUUGAGCAACAUACAAUUACCAAAACAUUGUGAUGAGGAAUUCUAACACUACUGCAAUAAUAUUUGUAAAUGGAUUUUCUAUUGCAGAAGGACCAAUGCCUUGCUAAAAAAAAAAUUGUUCUCAAUUCCAAGUCAGCUACUAAGGGAAGUUAUGGACUAAGGCAAUAAGGAAUAUUCUAGAUGACUCUAAUUUGAAGUAAUUAAUUUCAUCAUAUUCUAUAUCAUGAUGAUAAAUUCUUCUUCUUAAAGACAACAUUACAUAAUGAAUGCUAGUCUAAAUUAACUAGUCCCACAAAAUGGGGAACCAAAACUUACUGAAUAUGCAUCUACCGUUAGCAGUAUCAAUCUAAGAAUGGGAAAAUUUCUGUUCAAAGAAAAUACAUACAAAAAGGAUUUUGCCGUGAAUUAAAUCCUUUUGUUCACAUAGUGAUAAACAGAAUAUCAAUUCUAUUAAAAAUCAUUUCAUCCAAAUAGAAACAAAAGAGUUGUUGAGUGGUGCUAUUUGUGGAUUAAGAAACAGUUAUUUAAAACCCAGGUGGCUCUUUUAAUAUUGAGUUAAAACUUAUUUCAGUUUUGACCAUUUGAUCUCCUGGUUAGGUCUAAUAAGAUUCCAAAUCUUGACUUUGAUGAAGUAAGCUUUGAAAAUAUUUAUGUAUCCUAGAAAAUCAUAUGUGAAAGCAUUCCUUAAAAGCUAUUUAUUCUGAACUGCAUUUAUGCAUCUAAUCUUGUCAGGUUUUAGUGUUUUUUAUUUACAUGAUUGGAGAAAUAGACAUUCUUUUUCUCCAGCCCCUUAUAUAAAUGGUGCAUAUCACCUGUGUCCUGCACUGGAUGGGUUUAUCCAAUCAUUGGUUAAUGAAAUUUAUAUAUUUUUUAAUUAUUACAUUAAUUGCUUUGUAUAAUCUUUCCUUUCACUUAUCUACAUCCUCACUCCAUAUUUCUAUUUUCCAGGAAAACUUUUCAAUGACUGGUUACAGGCUAUAAUACUUUUAGAUUAGAUUCAUCCUUGUUAGAAUACACAAGACUAUGAUUAAUGUAUGUUACAGUAUUUAGUUUAUGUUCCCUUUUUCAUGUAUCCCAUCCCUAGGCCUUUCCUUGGAUACUAUUCGUCAGCCUCUGCUUCUUUAUAAACAUCUAUUGUCCUGCUUCCUCUUGGUUUAUUUUCUGAAUUACUGGACCCAAUGACCAGUGUUGCUCCUGAAUAAGCCAUGUGGCAUACUGGAUAAUGUAAACAAGAUAUUAAUGACCUCCAACUGUUUUGUUUUAUUUUGUUAGAUUAAGGUAUUUUUGAUGAAUGCUGUUCUUUCAGCAGUACACCUGCUUUGCGUACAUUGAUAGUGUAAUUUGAAAAAAGAGUUAUAUAGAUAUAUAUACAUAUAUGUACGUAUGCAUACACACAGUAAAGAAGUAUCUGUGUAAAUGUGCAUGUGUGUGUAUAUAUAUAUAUAUGCAUACAUAUAUGUAUAUAUAAUUAUUGUGUAUACAAAAAUGACUGAUCUAUGUAAAUGUAUGAAUUUUGAUUCUUGUUUGAGUUUGUCUUCUUACCAUCUCCUGAUGUAGCUGUACGUUUACAAGCUGAGCUUUAUCAUUUGGUAUGAUCAGGCCACUGGAAUCAAUUGGGGGAAGGGGAACAUGAGGAUAAACCUACUAUCUAGACCAGUGAUGGCAAACCUUUUCAGCACUGAGUGCUGAAAAGGGAGCACACAUGCACUCAUCUGGGUCGAAACCCAGAAGAGGAGCUGACCAGGGUGCGUGCGCGCCCCCGAAAGGGAACUUCUGGUUUUCAGCACGCACGCACACGCCAGCUAGUUUUCCAGGUUUCUGCCGCAUAUGCGUGCACAACAAUCAGCUGGCCAGCGCACAUGAUCACACAGGAAAAUGGAAGACCAGCUCUUCCAGUUUCUGGCACUGCCACACGCACAAAGGCUAGCUGAUCAUCGCAUGCGCAUGCACGCCAGAAACCCAGAAGAGGAACGGGCAAUGCCACGCAUGCCAGGCAACAUGGCACCAAAUGCCACUUUGGGCACACAUGCCAUAGGUUCGCCAUCACGGAUCUAGACUGUAUCCAAGUAAUGCGGAAUUUUCUUCUUAUAAUUAUUUUUGCUCAAUCUUGAAAUUCGAAAAUCCAGUCCAGACUUGAUACUCAGAUGUGUCGAACAGUUGGUUUACAUGGUUCACAUUGUGACCAAUUCAAUUGUUGUUUUCCUCAGGGUAUUUUCAGUGGACUCCAGUCUGGUAUUAGGCAUCAAAUCGUGUUAUUGUGUAUAGAUGCACUGGAUUGGGGGUCAGAUGCUUGGUAGGAUAAAAAAGAGAAAAGGUGCAGGUUGAAGAGAAUUAAAAUGAGAGGAAGCAGAAUUUACCAUAAGCCUUGCAACACAAAGGAAAAAAUAUCCCAGUGAAAGAAUGCCAUUGCCAAUGCCAUUGUACCACCAAAGUAUCAAAGAUGCCCCAAGAAAAUCUACCUUCCUCGGCCAGAAAAUAAACUGGAGAGUGUUGAUAUUCUUAUACUGCUCCUGGAAUGGUACUUUUCUUCAUUUUUAGACUGUCCAUGGUAGGUAGAUGGGAAGGUACAGGACCACAAGCAUGUAUGUAUGUACAUUAUGUGGAUGUGUGUAUAUGGAGGCAGGCUUCUGAAGACACUUCUGUGAUAUGCUGCUUGCUCAAUGAUUGAUUGAGAGCUUCUAGUAAACUUGUAACAAGUCAAUCCAGGUCCUUUGCAGGGUUGUUGUUAUGUUGGGGUGAAGACCCUAACCCUUAGAGCACAUGUAGCUUUUGCCACCAGCCCCCAUACCAUUAUGCAAUUUCUUAAUAGAAACACAGUUUCCAUCACUUAACAUUUGUGGCUUAAACUGUGGAUUUUUGGUGAUGUGAUUCCCCUUUUUUGUCCCAAUAAGGGACAAAAUGCACUAAGAUUUGUUUCCAUCCCCGCCCCCCGAAUUUUUCAACUCUACCCAAGUCUGCAUUUAUUUGUCCCAUCCAUUUCAGUGACCUCAACAUGUUACUGGCCAUAGUCUUAAAUGUUCUUGCAGGUCAGAGGUUAUAUGAAAAAAAAUCAAAUUAUCCCCCAGAAAAGUUUGUUUUACCCCUUCAUAAAACAAGUGUCUUGUAUUAUGCAUAAUGGCUACCAUAAUGGAAAUGUUUACAGGAAUCUGUGGUAUGUAUUCACUAUGUGACUCCAGGUCUAUGAGAUAAAUGCCAGGCCCAAGAAGAGAUUGUGGGUUUUGGUUGAUUAAAGCCUACUAGAUUUAGAGAGGAGCACUUCAAGUUAGAAGAACGUGUUACUGUCAACAAAGCUACAUAUUAGGACAGUGUUUCUCAAUUUCAGCAACUUUAAGUAUUUGCAUUUCAACUCCCCAAAUUUUGCAGCCAAAAUGCUGGGGAGUUGAAAUCCACACAUCUUAAAAGUUGUUGAGAUUGAGAAUACUGUAUUAGGAGAUGGAGAGUAACAUUCUGUGUCAUGCCAGUCUGCCUCUUCUUCCAUAAAGAGCAAAAACUAUACUUAAAAAAAAAACGACAAUAAAAGGAUUAUUUUAUUCAUG